AAAGCGUAAGAGAGGAAGAACAACGGGGUAGUGGCAUAAGACAAGUGGCCGACGAGUGGCCGAAGCGAAAGGGUGUUUCUAACGAGUCUGUCUGCACAGGUGUUUCACACGGUCGGGAAGAGACAACAGAAUACACAAACAUGGACACGUCCGAUACACAAUACAUUUACAGUUGUGACGUAAAAACAUCAAGCGUAGAAUAUCCGCGGGAUGAUACACACUCAGAGUCGACCAAAAUGUGGAACGACGAGCCGGCAGCGUGGGACACUCCGGAUACCGAGACACCCGCGGCGGCUACGGAAGGCGGAGAGGGUGCACCCGCAGCGGAUGGAGAGGCAGCAGCAGAAGCCCCCUUCGCCUGGAGGGAACUCCCCAAGUGUGACCCGCCCAAAUACACCCUCCACUGGGUGCGACCCCUAUUCCUCAACUACGACUACCUCUACGAUUACAGGAAAAACUACUACGACGACGUGAUCGACUACAUGGACAGGAGGCAGAGGGGGAUAUGGCGCGAGACCCCGAGGGCCCAGGAAUGGUCUGAACGGGUGCUGAGAUCCUACGUCGGAAAGAUUGCGCUGAGAAGUGGGAAACGGGCGGCGGAUAUGCGAAUCAUGAACCUGUUGAGGCCCGACAACAGGGGAUACUACAGUUACCACACUCGCGCCUAUUACAGUAUGAAGUACCAGGCGAUCCAGUGAAUGAAUUUUUUGACAACCGUUGUAACCGUAUAAAGUACAUCCCUCCCCCUCGCCUUUGUUAGCGCCAACUUACAGCCGAGUAUUAAGCUCUGUCCGCAUUAGGAUACAAUUCACUACACGGGGGAUUAUCGUUAUACGUCGGAUGUUGCAUUAAUUGAAAAUUG